CUUUUGGUUUCUUACUUGCUUAGGAAGGGACUACUAUUAUAGCUUCUUUUGCUUUUUCCCACACCUUCACACAACCCUUGCAUUUGCUGCAUUGCAUUACUCUCAAACGUUUCUGACAACAAGGUGCAUUUGAAGAAGAAUGGCAGGAGGAGGAGCUGCACCACCACCUAAGCAGGAUGAGCUUCAGCCACACCCUGUGAAAGAUCAGCUGCCAAAUGUUUCAUAUUGCAUCACAAGUCCCCCUCCAUGGCCGGAGGCUAUACUGCUUGGUUUCCAACAUUACUUGGUGAUGCUUGGCACAACUGUUUUGAUUCCCAGCGCUCUAGUUCCCCAGAUGGGAGGAAGAAAUGAAGAGAAAGCAUUGGUGAUUCAGACUCUGCUGUUCGUGGCUGGCAUAAACACACUGUGCCAGACAUCGUUUGGGACUCGUUUACCUGCAGUUAUGGGAGCAUCAUAUACCUAUGUGCCAACUACCAUUUCAAUUAUUUUGGCUGGUCGCUACACGGACAUUGUGGAUCCUAUAGAGAAAUUUGCGAGGAUAAUGCGUGGAACGCAGGGCGCGAUUAUGAUUGCUUCAGCCCUCCAGAUUAUUCUUGGCUUUAGUGGCCUGUGGCGAGUUGUAGUGAGGUUCUUGAGCCCUCUCUCGGCUGUUCCCUUGGUUGCUCUGUCUGGCUUUGGACUUUAUGAGUUGGGCUUUCCUAUGCUUGCAAAAUGUGUGGAGAUUGGGCUACCACAAAUCAUAAUCCUACUAGCAUUUUCACAGUACAUUCCUCAUCUGAUGAAAGGAGAUAAGCAUAUCUUUGAUCGAUUUGCAGUUAUAUUCUCAGUCGCAAUUGUGUGGCUUUAUGCUUACAUUCUCACCGUGGGUGGAGCUUAUAAAAAUGCAGAGCAGACAACUCAGGAUACUUGCAGAACUGACCGUGCUGGAAUCAUAGGUGCCGCACCAUGGAUUAGAGUUCCAUAUCCUUUCCAAUGGGGAACUCCAACAUUUCAUGCUGGCGAGUGUUUUGCUAUGAUGGCUGCUUCAUUUGUUGCUCUAGUUGAGUCAACUGGUGCUUUUAUUGCUGUUUCAAGGUAUGCAAGUGCAACUCCAGUGCCACCUUCGGUUCUUAGCCGUGGUGUUGGUUGGCAGGGAUUAGGAAUUCUCAUAUCUGGGGCAUUUGGGACAGGGAGUGCAUCAUCAGUUUCUGUAGAGAAUGCUGGACUCUUAGCUUUGACACGAGUUGGUAGCCGAAGAGUUGUUCAAAUAUCAGCUGGAUUCAUGAUCUUUUUCUCCAUACUCGGAAAAUUUGGAGCUGUGUUUGCUUCAAUCCCUAUGCCAAUUGUUGCAGCUUUGUAUUGCCUUUUCUUUGCCUAUGUUGGUUCUGCAGGCCUCAGUUUCCUUCAGUUUUGCAAUUUGAACAGCUUCAGAACUAAAUUCAUCUUGGGAUUCUCCAUUUUCAUGGGCUUCUCUAUACCACAAUACUUCAAGGAGUACACAGCGCUAAAGCACUAUGGUCCUGUACACACCCAUGCUAGAUGGUUCAAUGACAUGAUCAAUGUCCCUUUCUCAUCAGAAGCAUUUGUUGCUGGAUCAUUGGCACUGUUCUUGGAUGCCACAUUGCGCAAGAAUGACAGCCAAACUCGUAAAGACAGAGGUGCGCACUGGUGGGACAGGUUCAGAUCAUACAAGACAGAUACAAGAAGUGAGGAGUUUUACUCCCUACCCUUCAAUCUUAACAAGUUCUUCCCUUCUGUGUGACUGGAUUGGUGAAGUCAUAAGACAUGCACUCUACAAAGUCUCAUUGUGGGUACUACAUGUUAUCUAGCUUGGAAGUCUUCAAUAUCUUCAUUCUUAACCGUUAAUCAAUGUUGUAAAUGAAUACCUUUGUUUUUGCCUCAGCUUCUUUGCUGUGAAGCUAAUAGCUAAUUCUCUGCCCUUUAACUUCUUAGAAA